UUUCCCAGAUGUUUAAAAAUGAUGGCUUUGACUACUUCACCGAGAUGAUGCCUGCUCUUCACAACUAUAUAACUGUUGACACUGAAGCAUUCUUAAGUAAUGAAGCACAUGUCUUAGCAGUAUGUGAAAUGUGCAGAACUAUUUUAACUCAGGACUCUGGCGAGGAUGACGAGUGUCAUGCUGCCAAGUUAUUAGAAGUUGUAGUUCUUCAAUGUGAGGGGAGAAUAAAUAUGUGUCUUGGUUCCAUCAUACAGUUAGUUGUUGAAAGGUUAUUGCGUGAGGUUAAAACUACUGAGCUACGAACUAUGUUAUUGCAGGUGGUCAUAGCUACAUUGUAUACUGCACCCGAUGCAUUACUUCAGGUGCUUGAGUCAACCACGUUACCAAAUACUACUACUACACUUACUUCUCAUUUCAUCAAACAGUGGAUACAUGAUUCAGACUGUUUUCUUGGUCUGCAUGAUCGCAAGAUUUGUGUGUUAGGGAUGUGUACACUUCUGCAACUUGGGCCAGAACGUCUUGGAGUAUUAGAAGAAUGCCAUAAAGAAAUUUUACCUGCUAUGAUUUUACUCUUCCAAGGAUUGAAAAAGAGCAUAUACUCUGGCGAGGAUGACGAGUGUCACGCUGCCAAGUUAUUAGAAGUUGUAGUUCUUCAAUUCUGCAUGAUCGCAAGAUUUUGUGUGUUAGGGAUGUGUACACUUCUGCAACUUGGGCCAGAACGUCUUGGAGUAUUAGAAGAAUGCCAUAAAGAAAUUUUACCUGCUAUGAUUUUACUCUUCCAAGGAUUGAAAAGAGCAUAUGCUGCUAAAGCUGCCGAAGAAGAUGAUGACGACGAUGAUGAUGACGAUGACGACGAUGAUCUAGAACACGAAGUGUUAGAAAGUGAUGAGGAUGAAAUUGAUGACGCUGGGGACGAGUAUUUAGAAAAGCUAGAAGAAAAAGUUAAUAAAGCUGCAGGUGGGGGACCAUUCCCAAUGACGACAACGAUUCAGGAUGAUGAUGAUGAUGACGACGACGAUGCAUUGGAUGAUGAGCUAGAUGAAACUGCUCUAGAAUCCUUUACGACGCCCUUAGAUAAAGAAGAAUGUGAAGUAGACGAAUAUUGGAUUUUCAAAGAAGUUAUGCAUAACAUAGAAUCUAAUGCUCAUCCAUGGUAUCGGCAUUAA